CAAAACUCGUUUUUCCCCCCUCGCACCAAAGCUUUCUUUUCAUCAGCCAAGCUUUUUCUUUUCAAAGUUUCUCCCUCAACUAGGACACGUGUCCUUUUUUGUUAUCUUUUUUUGCGAAAUGGCAAAUCAUGAAAAGAUGGCCAAGAUGACCUCUGGUCAUGAUUUGCCGGAAUCGCUAGUGGAGAAGAUAAUCUCCCAUUUCCCCAUUGAUAUCGCCACAAGGGCUAAGCUUGUUUCCAAGAAAUUCAUCAAUUCUUGGAAGCUGAGCCGCCACCUCAGCUUUAACGAGCACAAAGUGUACUUCAAUAGUAGUCAAGUUCCAUUUGUAGGUUUCGUUUCUAACAUCAUGCAUCAGCAUUCCGGUUCCAAGAUCGAAACUUUUCAUCUGAAAAUGGGUCAGAUUAAUGAUGAAAUUACGGUAAGCAACUGGAUUAGGUUGGCUAUUGCCAAAGGGGUGGAAAAUCUCGAGUUGGAAUUUUGGGGAUUUCCUCAGCAUUUUCCAAUCACUUCUGCUUUGAUAGAUAAUGAUACGUCCAUUAGGGUUUUAAGACUUCAAUCCUGUGAUCUUCAGUUUUCGCCGCGAUUACGUGGACUAAAGUUGCUAAAAACACUUAAUUUAGUAAACAUGAAUCUCAUCUCCUCCAGAAUCCAGAUUAUUUUGAACAAUUGUUUGGCAUUGCAAGAUCUGGAAUUUCUCAACUGUAACUUCAUCAACCACACUUUGGAAAUCAUGGCUAAAGAUCUGAAACGGUUUAAGUCACUGAAAGUGGUACAAAUUUCUCGUGACCUCGACUCCAUGUUUAUCGACGCUCCAACCCUUCAAACGUUGUAUUAUAAAGGGAAUGUUUGUAGUAUCUCAAUUAGUUGUGUCUUAACCAACUUGUUUGCUGCUCUUUUUAAUUUUGGACCAAAUAAAAAAUUAAACCGCCUCCAUCGAGUUGAAUACCUGGUCCCUGCACUCCACUAUUGCAAGAAACUCAGCAUUUGUAGUAAAAUUCUCGAGGAGCUGACACCAAAAUUCAAUGGAUGUCAUUAUGCAGAGAGGUUUCCUUACUGGUUUCCAGCAUUGUGGGAAUUAAAUUUGUACCUAGGAGGAUCAAGCCUGGAUCAUGGUAGAGGAACAACAUUUGUUAAUCCUUAUGAUAUCAUGGCCUUUUUGAUGAAGUGCCCAAGAAUCAACACCCUGCUUAUCGAUCUGGGACAAAAUGCAUUUGAAGAAGGGCUAUUUUGGAAACGGAUGACAAUGGUACCAUUCUUCAAUAGUCGUCCGUUCUUCCCAUUCCUGACGAAUCUGACGGUGAAGGGUUUCAAAUACCGGAAUCUGGAGUUUCAGCUGGUGAGGAAGAUUGUGGAAAGCGCACCAUUUGUAGGGAAAAGGGUGACUUUAAUCAGGAGCAAGAAGAAUCACAAUCACACCCCUGAAAGUGAGAAGGAGCUGUUGGAUUGGUUGAAGACUCAACGUUGCCUUUACAAUUUAGAGGUGGAACGUGUGAGAAGAAGAGGAAACACCCUUGUCGAUUUUUGAAGGGUUGAUUUUACAUUUGUUGGAAUUUUGUUUUUUUUUUAUUCUGGAAAAAUAAAUUUGAGGAG